AUUAAAAACGUCAUGUCUCUUGGCAAAUUUGGAAAGAUUGCUGUUGGCUGGGCAAUUAUAACUUUCUCGGGUGUUUCUGCUUUUGUGUUAUCAAAAAAUUCUAUUGAUAAACACCGAUACGAGAGUAUGCAAGUGCGUGACCGCAUGAAAAAAUCGAAUAUUGGUGAAUACGAAGCUGUGGGAAGUAGACGUUUUACCGCUUAAAUAUUAUCUUAUAUUUCUGUAACAUAUAUAUACAUUAAAUUAAAAAUGGCUCUACCUCAAAUAAGUCCUGGAGAUCAAGCUAAAUUGCAAAU